AUGUUUGUGGACCUACAGGAAGCUCUUGAUGCAGUGUCUGUUGAGUGCAGAAGCUCUGAGCCACCAGAUAUGAUUGAAAAGGGUUUGCUUGAGUCUGAGUCUGACAAAAUAAAGCACAAGAGCUCUCCAUCAUCAGCAGAAUCCAGCAGUAAUCCAGCACUACUACUAAUGUCUUCAGGCCUGUCCAGGCCCAGUACACCAGGGUCAAGAUUGGACCAUGAACCCUUCCUGCCCACAAAUACAGUGGAACCAACAGAAGAAGACAACAUACUUGCACAGAAGCUGGUGGUACAGCUGCAGACUCAUCAUAAGUGCUUUACUGAGGCUCAUGCUGUAUCAGAGCUGCUCUUCAUGCCAACAGUGUCUCUCUUACAGAUGGCAAGCUGGAAAUGUCCAGAUAUCUUAGAGCACACCAGCAUGUCUUCCUAUCCCAUACAGUGGAAUACCAUCCUGCCAGUUCAUCAGUGCCAAAGGCUAUACAGUGGGAUGUCCACAUCAGUGGAGCCUUUAGCCCAUGAGGAAGUGCCUCCACACCCUGUGAUUAUUGAUCUGGAAGGUGAUACUAUCUCAAUGCCAGCAUCCCUGCAUGCCAUGAUUGACAUUGAUAGUGCCAGUGGUCUGGCCUUGAGUCUUGCAGUGGCCUGUGAGAGAUUCCAAUGGAAAGCCAACUGGUCCCUGACAAGCAAUCUGAAGAGUUCUCUUCAUCUAGAUUCCAUUUCAGUCCAGUGGAGAGAUGAGCAGACCAAAAGAGUCUGCUGGUUCUGGAGACCAGUUCACUGGAUCUCUUAUCUUCUGUUUGAAUGA